AUGGCGAUGAACAAAAUUCGUGGCGCCUUUGCGGUGCCCCGGAAAGGAGAGACGUUCGAAUUGCGAGCUGGACUUGUCUCUCAAUAUGCCUAUGAGCGGAAGGAAUCGAUUCAGAAGACCAUCAUGGCCAUGACCUUAGGAAAGGACGUGUCGGCGCUGUUCCCCGACGUGCUCAAGAACAUUGCUACAGGCGAUCUUGAGCAGAAGAAAUUGGUCUACCUCUAUCUCAUGAACUAUGCCAAGUCGCAUCCCGAUUUAUGUAUUCUCGCCGUGAACACCUUCGUCCAAGACUCCGAAGAUCCCAACCCGCUGAUUCGUGCGCUGGCAAUCCGAACCAUGGGCUGUAUCCGAGUGGAAAAGAUGGUGGACUACAUGGAAGAACCAUUGCGCAAGACUCUCCGAGACGAGUCACCAUAUGUUCGCAAGACGGCCGCGAUCUGUGUCGCCAAGCUAUUCGAUCUGAACCCGGUCAUGGCUCUGGAGAACGGAUUCCUCGAGACGCUCCAAGAAAUGAUUGGCGACCCCAACCCGAUGGUGGUGGCUAAUUCGGUGACUGCACUUUCGGAGAUUCAUCACUCGGCACCGGAGACAAAGGCCCUGCAGAUCACCACCAACAGUCUACGGAAGAUGCUGAUGGCAUUGAACGAGUGCACGGAGUGGGGACGAGUCACCAUUCUCUCGACCCUGGCUGAGUACAAGACGGCCGAUGUGAAGGAGUCGGAGCACAUCUGCGAGCGAGUUGCGCCUCAAUUCCAACACGUCAACUCCGGUGUGGUUCUUGCGGCUGUCAAGGCCGUAUUCUUACAUAUGAAGAACGUCAACCCCGAGCUGAACAAGAACUACCUGAAGAAGAUGGCCCCACCUCUAGUCACAUUGGUCUCAUCGGCCCCCGAGGUGCAAUAUGUGGCGCUGAGAAACAUUGACCUUUUGCUGCAGAAGCAGCCUGAUAUUCUCCAGAAGGAACUUCGUGUGUUCUUCUGUAAAUAUAACGACCCGCCAUAUGUCAAGUUCCAAAAGCUUGAGAUCAUGGUCCGCAUUGCGAACGAUCGAAACGUGGAUCAACUCCUGGCUGAACUGAAGGAGUACGCCCUUGAGGUUGAUAUGGACUUCGUCCGACGUGCUGUCAGGGCCAUCGGUCAGGUCGCAAUCAAGAUCGAAAGCGCCAGCGAACGAUGUGUCAACACAUUGUUAGAUCUGAUUAACACGAAGGUGAACUAUGUCGUCCAGGAAGCGAUUGUGGUCAUCAAAGAUAUCUUCCGAAAGUACCCCGGAUACGAAGGAAUCAUUCCGACAUUGUGCCAGUGCAUCGAUGAGCUGGAUGAGCCAAACGCCCGCGCGGCGCUCAUUUGGAUUGUCGGCGAGUAUGCGGAGAAGAUCAGCAAUGCGGGCGAUAUCCUUGGUGGCUUUGUGGAUGGAUUUAACGAAGAGUUCUCCUCGACGCAAUUGCAAAUCCUCACCUCCGUCGUCAAGCUGUUCCUGAAGCGGCCCGAGAAGGCCCAGGGCCUGGUGCAACGGGUGCUUCAGGCUGCGACCGCGGAGAAUGAUAACCCAGACGUCCGUGACCGAGCUUACAUCUACUGGCGUCUAUUAUCCAACACCAGUGACUCCAACGCAACCAAGAGCAUCGUCCUCUCGGAGAAGCCCCCCAUCGUCACCACCAUCCACUCCCUACCCCCCGCGCUCCUCGACCAACUUCUCACCGAACUUUCCACCCUCUCCUCUGUCUACCACAAGCCCCCCGAGCAGUUUGUCGGCCACGGCCGAUUCGGCGCCGACGCCGUCCAGCGCGCCGCGAUCGAGGAACAACUUCAAAACGCGCGCGAAAACCCCUUGGCCGCGGCCGCGGCCGCAGCCGCCGGUGGCACCGCGCCCCCUGCGCAGGCGCAAAACAACGUCGAGAACUUGCUGGACAUUGAUUUCGACGGUGGUGCUCCUGCCUCGGCCCAAAACGAGCCUGCCAGCGGCAUGUCCGGUCUUGAAGGCUUGGCCGGCACCCCUGUUCGGGUCGCCUCCCCCGCCGCUGGCGGGCCCUCUGGCCAAGCCAACAACAACUUGGAUGACUUGCUAGGCGUAUUUGGCGACUCGGGCCCUGCCCCGCCCGCAGCCGGUGGCUCUGCGGAUCUGAUGAAUGGAUUCUCUGGCCUGGACCUCUCUGGGAAUGCGCCCGAGCAGAAGAAAUCCAACGAUGAUAUCAUGUCGCUCUUCUAG